GCUUCGUUUACUUCCUGUAAACGCCUAAGCGAAGUGGUGGAAAGCGAUGGUUCUCGGAAGAUAGUACUACUACCCAGUGUAUCAGGAAUAGACGUUCAGUCAAAAUGAGCUGGAUUCCCUUUAAGAUUGGACAACCGAAAAAACAGAUCGUCUCUAAAACUGUUGAAAGAGACUUUGAGCGAGAAUAUGAUAAACUUCAAAAACUGGAGGAUCAGACAAAAAAGCUUCACAAAGACAUGAAGAAAAGCACCGAGGCUGAUUUAGCUAUGUCCAAAGCAGCAGUGAAGAUUUCAGCAGAUCUACUGAGUAACCCGCUAUGUGAACAGGACCAUUCCUUUCUGGAGUCCAUGACUGCUUUGGAUACAGCCAUGAAAAGGAUGGACUCCUUCAAUCAGGAAAAGGUCAACCAAAUUCAGAAGACAGUUAUUGACCCUCUAAAAAAGUACAGCGGUGUCUUCCCCAGUCUUAAUAUGGCAGUGAAACGUCGGGAACAAGCGCUGCAGGAUUACAAACGGUUGCAAUCCAAAGUGGAGAAAUAUGAAGAGAAAGAAAAAACCGGGCCAAAUAUGGUCAAACUGCAUCAGGCAACAGAAGAGCUGCGACCGGUAAAAGAAGACUUUGAGGCCAAGAACAAGCAGCUGCUAGACGAGAUGCCCAAGUUCUACCAGAGUCGCAUCGACUACUUCCAGCCCAGCUUUGAAGCACUCAUCCGGGCUCAGGUUGUGUACUUUACUGAAAUGUACAAGAUCUUCAGCGAGUUAACGGACCAGAUCGACCAGGCAGGGCUGACUGAUGAGCAGAGGGAGAGGGAGACCGAGGCCAAGCUCAGUGAGUUGCGCGCACUGUCCAUUGUUGCCGACGACUGAGGGAGGAAAGCUGAAUAUUGGAAAGUGCUCUUUUCAUGCCUCUCUGAAUGGACUGCACUCUUCUCAAGCCCCUCUGGAGUUCAGAUAGACAUCAAUGGCCUUAACUUGAUUAUCAGUUUGUGUCCUUCCCGCCUCAUCACCCUCAUCCCUUUUUGCUCUACACCCGAUGUUUCAUCUCUGCACAAAGAUGCUGCAGCUCAAAGAAGCUGAAUGCCACAUCAACUAAGCCAUCAGUCAUGUGUGACACUAUAAGCCAAUAUGUUGAGUUUUUUUUUUUUUUUUUUGGUAAAGGAAUCAAACAUGUCUCUUCAGAACUAAUGACCAAAGUUACACUAUUUGGUUUCAGAGAUAUUUGUUGGCAUUUGUUUCUGUUGUAUGAUGUGUGACAUUUUUUUUAAAGUCCUAUUAUUCUACCAGUCUGGUAAAGUUUUUAUUACUCAAAACCGAAAUUACAAACAGUGCAGGUUUAAUCUUAAAUUAUGGUCUGCAGGUUAGUGGUAUAAACUUUAAUCUGUAUUUUGACCUUUAUUAUUUAUCUGUAACUUUAGCUCUGUGCCAUGCUGUGUGAGGGCUUAUUAUUGGGGUUUUAGCAUUUGAAAAUUUGUAACACUCCUCUGCAUAAUGUGCCUGGCUUUGGAUAUAACAUGAAAACAAACUUGUCAAAAUGAGACCUGUGCAGUGAUGUUAAAAGAUGGACCACUCGGGCUGGGAGCGUAGCAACACUCUGUCCCAAAAACAAAGGUUUUUACUCCCUCUAGUGGAAAAUGCUGAAUAUGACAGAUUCCUUUUGUUCACAGCAUCCAUCCUUUGUUCUAUUGUUUGUUUGAUUGUGUGUUUGCAAAGAAACUCACAUCGUUGCCAUGCUACAAAGUCCUUUCUCUUCACCCUCAACACAAGGGUCAGAAGCAAGUUUUUCUUUUGGUCUGACUUUAUUCUGAACCAGAUCACACUGCUUUUGCUUCCUUUGUUUCCACAUUCUAUCAGUAUGAUAAAUACACUACACUGAUCUACAUAUUAGAUUAUCUUUGCCAUUUUCUUUCUUUUUAAGGGUCUGAACAACUUAUUUAUUAGUUUUUGUUCUGAAGAAGAAUGUCUAGUUUGUUGCCUGUCUGUGUUCUGUAAUGCAGGGUGUUAGUGUUGCACAUAACCGUAUUAAUGAAGGUGUUCUUAUUAAAAAGAGUUUUAGUUAUAGUAAUGUUUUUUUUAACACGACAAUUCUUUAAGAUAUUUUUUGUAAUUAUAUGGUUUAGUUGGUUUAAUGUCACUCUGUUAGAUGUUUUCAGCUGUAAUGGGCAAUCAUGAAGUAAAUUAUCUUAUAAUAAACUACAUUUUUAUU